GUCGUUUCCGAAUCCGGCGGCUACUGCGCGCGUCUAGCCGCAGCCGCAGACCUCGGCCGGCUUCGGUGCGGCAGAGCCGAGUGCGUCACUCGGUUAGUCUCGUACCACGCAACCCCCCUGCAACCCCCCCUCCCACCGGACGCCCAGAGCGUCAUUGUAGCCAGUCAGCUGGAAUCCUCUGCUAUGGAGAGGGAUGCGGAGCGCUGCGCGGCGCGGAGGAAACGGAUGCUGGCCUCCAUCGGGAUGACGAGCCGUCACGGUUACGGGCUCAUCUUAAGCUGACUGCGAGGCCUUUCUGUAUUUCCGGGGAGCUGGAAGUUGCUCAUCGAGUCAUGCGAUGGAGAUGCAGUUUUGGGGGGGGGGAAUAGGGAACAGCGGCGGGGAGUGAAAAAUAUGGAAUAUGACAACGGAAUUUUGUCUAGGUCCCAUUGCAAACAAAGAGAGCCGUGCGAAUCGUCUGCAUUGUCCGUGAAGCGGCGUCGACAGGCGACCUUAUGUUAUGCUGCGUCGCAUCUAGAGUAAAAGGGACGCAUGCAGUGUGUUAAUGUCGAUACUGAUCCCUCCUAUACACUGUAGUGCAUCCGAUGCGGACCAAGGACCAAAACACCCUCAGCAUAUUCGUCUUCCCCCCGAGCCUUUAAUGAUGUACUGAAUAUAUUCAGCAGGUGAAUUUGACAGCGGACCGCCAUCGGAAACUAUUUGAUGGGGGGAAAUUAAGAGAUUAGAACCGGAUCGCUGUAGAAUGUCGUUCACGAUGGAAGACACUUUGGAGUCGGGCUGGGUGGCCGUCCGGCCUAAUGUUUUUGAAGAAAAGGAAAAACACAAAUUUGUUUUUAUUGUGGCUUGGAAUAAGGUGGAGGGGAAGCUCGCCAUCACCUGUCACAACAGGACCGUUCAAAGGAGGAGCAUCGUGAGGGACUCCGAGGCUGGCGUGGUCGGCUCCAUUCUGGAAAACAUACACGCGUGUUGUACGAGUCCGGUUAGGGAAAAGGCGGAAUAUACGGCGACCGACAACGAGAGCAGCGCGAAGACCCCAACGGCAGGUGCAUCGGCGGCCAUGUCAAGUCCCAUUAAAAGUAGCUGCAAAGUUACUGGACCGUCGCGGAGGGACGUGAGUUUGAACCCGCCGUCCAUCCAAGACGAUCCCGGUAACAUGGAGGACGACUAUGAAAGCGGCGCCAGAGGAGACUACAGCUGGGCCGGACUGUUUUCUUUCCAGGACUUGAGGGCAGUACACCUCCAGCUGUGCUCCAUCAACUCGGAGCUGGAGCCGUGCCUGCCCGCUUUCCCGGAGGAGCCGUCGGGGAUGUGGACCGUGCUGUUCGGGCUCCCAGAAGUCAGCCAGGCUGAGAUGGACGCCCUGUGCUGCCGGCUGCAGCUGUAUCUCGGACACGUAUUGGACACAUGCGGCUGGAAGAUCCUGUCGCCGGUGCUGUUCGCCGAGGGCGAGGAUCCGGAGGCGUAUUACGAGAGUCUGAGCGAGCUGCGGCAGGAAGGCUACGAGGAGGCGGUGCGGAGGGCCAAGGCUGCCCUGCAGGGGCUCCUGGACAGACACAGGAGCACAGAGAGCAUGGUGGAGCUGCUGGAGAUCUACCAGGCUGAGGAUGAGGCCUACUUUGCUCUAGUAGAAGCCACCACACUGCUCUACCAGUUCCUCCUACAGCCCUUCAGAGACAUGCGCGAGCUAGCCAUGCUACGGAGACAGCAGAUCAAGAUCUCCAUAGAGAAUGACUAUCUGGGCCCCCGCAGGAUUGAGAGCCUGAAGAAGGAGGACCUGGACUGGCAGAGCAAGGCCCACCAGGCUGUCCUGUCCAUUCAGGACUUCACCGUCAAGUACUUUGAGAUCACUGCCAAGGCACAGAAAGCGGUAUUCGAGCGCAUGCGUGCCGAUCAGAGGAAGUUCGGCAAGGCGGCGUGGGCGGCAGCCGUGGAGCGCAUGGAGAGGCUGCAGUGUGCCGUCUCCAAGGAGACGCUGCAGCUGAUGAGGGCCAGGGAGAUAUGCUUGGAGCAGAAGAAGCAGACUCUGAGAGAGCAGAUGCAGGCUCUGCAGGGUGGCGAGGAUGCCGUGCAUCGCCUGGACCAGCUGGAGGCCCAGUAUUACGAGCUCCAGCUGCACCUUUACGAGAUCCAGUUUGAGGUGCUCAAGUGUGAGGAGCUGCUCUUGACCACACAGCGUGAGAGCCUCCAGAGGCAGAUAACUGCUCAGCCUCCUUCUGCAAACCCCAUGCGGCACCUCAGACCGGCCUGGUCCCCGAAGGUUGAGACCAUAGGACAGGCAGAUCUGCAGGAGGAGGUAGUCUACUAUGACACCUUCGAGAGCACGGAGGCCAUGCAGGGCACUGACGACUCACUGCUCCAGCGAGAGGAGCUGCUCAAGCUGCAGCAGCGUGUAAGGCAGUUGGAGGCCAGAAGGGGGCGCAUUACUGCCAAGAAGGCCUACCUGAAGAACAAGAGGGAGAUCUGCGUCGCUAAUCACAAGCAGAAGAUGCAGCAGCGGCAGGGCAGCCAAGAGGACCACAUGUCCAGUCAGACCUUGCAGCAGCACGUGGAGCAGCAGCGGAUGGAUGAGGAGAGCCAGAGCACCAGGGUCAGCCAGGAGAGGCAGAAAACGCUGGAAGGGCUCCGCAGAUUCAAGCAGCGCUACCCAGGUCAGGUCACCCUGAAGUCGAGGCGACUGCGGCUGGCCUGCUCCCCGAAGAGGAGGCUCAGUGGCCUGAGUCGGCCCGGGAGCCUGGAGCAGCCCCAGCAGACCCUGGAAGUCAGCGUGCAGACGGAGACGGAAGGCAUGUCCCUGAGCUCUGUGCUGCCGGCGCCGCCCCAAUGCCCCACAGCACCUCCGCUAUGCGGGGCCAUGCUUCACUAUCAAACCACGGCCCCUCCCUUGACCUCAAAUGGUGGCCCGCCCGUGUCUCUCUCCCCGCUCCCUCCCUCAGCCCCCCCUCCUCCUCCGCCCCCUUUGGCGGGGGAAGAGCCCGGCGAGGGUAAGGGGGACCCCGCCAGCCUCGUCCAGCAGGACGGCGAUCCUGGGAGCGAGCCGGGAGUCCCCAGGCCUCUGGACGCUUCCUCCUCCACCUCUUGCUGCUUCUUCGACAGCAGUCAGCUGAUCGACGCCCGGAAGCGGCUGAGGAAGACACCGGUCCCGGACACGUCCCUGGGGAGGCGAGCUAGCUCCCCGAUGGACGAGGUCCUGGCCUCGCUGAAGCGCGGCAGCUUCCGCCUGCGCCGGGUGGAGCUCCGGCCCCCGCGGCCCGAACCCAGCGAGGACGACGACACCAGCAGCAUUCUGGCUCAGAUCCGCAAAGGCGUGAGGCUCAGGAGGGUCCCGCGGCCGGACGAGGCCGACCCGCUGCUCCGAAGCAUCCAGGAGGCCAUGUGUCGCAUCAAGGAAGCUUCCCCCGAGUCCGAGUCCGAGGACGAGGGGCUCCCCUGUGCUGACUGGGACAGUUAGAUGAUCCCGCCAGCGAGGAAGCAGGGCCCCCAUCUGAGAGCCAUCUCCAGGUCCUGCUCCACCCUCAUUCGGCCACACAGAAUAAUCCUUCAACACAUGCAUUGCCUCCAUCCUUGGAUGGAUUGACAUAAAAAUAUUCCUAAUCCAGGUUGUUUAUUUUUUUCAUUGUACCAAUGUUAUGUUGAUUCGAUUUUUUGCUUCAGGUCGAGAUUUAUAUCCUGUUUAUAAUAACUGUUUUGCAGGUUAUAUAUAAAUAUAUUUUGACAACAUAAGUUCUUUGUCACUCCCUCGUGCUUGUGACAAUCCGCAAAGUCUACAGAAAUGGUUACCCUGUGGACUUUAUCUAGAUAGUGGGUUUAAGCUCAUGUACAGUACGAUUCAAAUAUAAAAGUUUCUGCCUGUGGUCCUUUUUUUCUUUUGUGCAGCCAGAAUCGAGUAGCAGACAACAACAUUAGCUAAUUAGCUACCUACGUGUGGCUGUGUGGCUCAGUGAACGACUCGCACAGUUGAAUCCUAAAUGCAGUUAGCAGAAGUCUGUUUUAUGGUGUAUAUUAUGUAUAUAUUUUUGUGUUUCUGUUUCUCUUAAGCCCUUAGUAAAUAUCUCAAAGUUUAAUUAAAUUAAUAUAAGGGGAGAUUUUAUUAUCACCAAAGCACCUGUAAGAGUUUUGUGCAAUUUAGAAAAAAAAUGUCAUUGUUUGUUUAUUUAACUAAUGAAUAAUGUAACAAUAAUUUUAAUUCUUAAUAAAAUUUGACAUCUUUCCACAUGUAUGGUACGGUGGCGCAGUGGUUAGCGCUGUUUCUGUCCUGGUUCCGUUUGUGCAGUUUGCACAUCUUCACUGUGUUGUUGUGGGGUUUCCCCCCACAGUCUAAGGUGAACUGGAGUUUCCAAAUUGUGUGAAUGUGUUGCUCUGUCCUGGGUUAUUCCCUGUCUUUUCAGGAUAAGCUCUGGACUCCAAUGCCCAUGAAUAGGAUGAGUGGUUACAUAAAAUGGAUGGAUCUUUUCACCGUUAGAAAUUCAGUUGUCUUUUUCACCAUAUUGAAAUUAAAUGAAUGAUGUCUGGUGACUAUAUUGCCUUUGCUGAAUUAAUUGAUGCCGUAUUUACAAAUAUACCUCCUCCACGCUCAGCAAAUUUUUUUUUUUUGCUUUCUUUAUGAGAGCUUUCAUUUCAGCAGAUAUCACCUUUACAUAAACACGUUUUAUGCACGUUUGUAUAUAAUUUAUGAAUAUAACACCAUUGAAAAUGAAAUUUUAUGGGGAUAAAAUCAGUGGUAUAAAAAUUACUGCAGUACCUUUGCAUUCUACUUGGGCUCUGUAUCACAAAGCCAGAUUUGUUGCUUAGCCGGAUAACUUAAAAGUACCCCGGCUUAAAUGGCCUUUACCUUUGUUCACUUACAUUUAGCUCAGACUACCUUAAAUCCAAGAAGUUAUCCAGCUAAGCAUGAAAUCCUACUUUGUGUUACAGGCCAAUGGUGCAGAGAGCAGUGAGUCAAUGUUCAGAGUCUUUUCCUCAGAAUUGCAACAUCCUUCUGUUAAUAGUAUUAAAAGGCAUUUGAAUAUUCCCAGUGCUGACAUAGCUUAAACCCACACUGCACCCUCGCUCUCAAUCUAUUAUCAGUUGAUCUAUCACUAUGUGUCAUAUAUACACCUAUUUACUGUGUUAGAUUUUGGCUGGUGUUUUCUCUGAUUUCCUCAUGUUUGUAAAUACUAAAUAUUUCUGUUAUUCAGUUCUUCCAUAAAUCAAAUUGUCUCUUGAGCAUUGAAUCCUUGUCAUUUCUAGAAAAUCCUCUUUAUUUCCUCAAAUAUCUGUUCCAUGAAUGGACUUAACCAGUCACUAGGUCUGCAAUAUAUUAAAACUGCAAAAAUAUAUAUAUAUACUGUAUGUAUUUAAUGCAUUUGGAAAAAACGUAGCAACAAAACUCUCAUGCAUUUGCACAAGUUAGUAAAAGGACAAGAUUAAGUAUUUAUUGAAAAUAAGCAGGGAAAAGGUGUUUCCAGCAAUACACCUUCAAUGUAAAAUAAUUGCUUUAACAAUUAUUAUUAUUAUUAUUAUUAUUUCAUCCUGCAUUCCUAUGGUAGAAAUGUGCUUCUGAUUUUUGCUUUCUGUUUUUUCUGAUUUUUGCCCUGUUGCUUUCUGCCAAAUCUGAUUUUACUCCCCAAAGCAAAUAAAACUCAUUAAUAUGUAACCUUGAAA